GGCUUCUAGAUUAUGAUAUAUAUAUCGUUGACUCUGCGUCCUUAGUCCAGUAGGAACGACGCUCAUUUUCCUCUGAAAUGACGGAGCCACUCGUCCCAGACGUUCCAUUCACCAGCUACACACCGCGAGUUGCAAUCGUCACUGGAGGUACUCAGGGUAUCGGCUAUGCUAUUGCAAACAGGCUCGCGGACGACGGGAUUAAUAUUGCUGUAAACGAUAUCCCCUCAAAGCAACCACAGAUCGACGCAGUGGUAGAAGAAAUUAAAAAGAAAAGCCGUCGGGCCAUCGCCGUACCAGGAGAUGUAUGCUCCGAAGCGGACGUCAUUUCCAUUGUUGAGAAAGUAGUAAGUGAACUAGGAAGUGUCGAUAUUAUGGUUGCGAAUGCAGGAAUUGCCAUGCAUAAAUCCAUCCUUGAUACCACACUCGAGAACUUUGAGGCUAUCCAUGCCGUCAACAAUCGUGGCGUCUUCUUAUGUCUUAAAUAUGCUGCAGCACAGAUGGUUAAGCAGGGUCGAGGCGGAAGGCUGAUAGCCGCAAGCUCGGUAGUGGGAAAGAUGGGAAGUCUGGGUUUAACGGCUUACUCCGCUUCAAAAUUCGCAGUUCGAGGACUAACGCAAUCUGCCUCUGCUGACCUACGCAAAUACGGAAUAACGGUCAAUACGUAUGCACCUGGAAUCAUCCGCACUGCCAUGUUCGCUGGAUCCGAUGAAGGGUCCAUUAAAUCGAUGUCUGCGAACCCGGUAGUCGGCGAGGCCGAGACAGUCGCUAGUCUUGUCUCGUACUAUGCUAAACCUGAAUCCUACUUCAUAAACGGUCAAUGUGUUACUCUUGAUGGAGGAUCCAUUCGUUACGACUGAAAGUAUGGCCUUCGAGGUAGAAAUUGGAUAUGGCCAUGAAAUUAAUAUAUUUAUAAUGCAAUGAUGGAAUUUUCUGAGUUCUGGCGUUUCUCGC